AUGGAGUAUAUAAAACCUGAACAGAGCAUCAUUUUAAAUGAGUUGUCUGCGACUGUGGAUUUUAUUACUUGUGAAUCGAUUAGGAUGUCACAGAGUGUGGAUAAAACUGGUGAGAGGACUCUGGCUGUGGUUACAAUGGUUGAUAAAGCACCAGAGGGACUGCUAGAGAAGGUUACAGCUGAUGAAGUCAAUAUUGCUCUUGGUUAUGUCUGCGUAAGGAACCGGAUUGGAGGUGAGACGUACGAGGAAGCUCUAGCUAUUUCUGACCAACUAUUUCAAACUCAUCCUCUGCUUUCCAGGAUUGACAAAUCUACAGUUGGAAUUCAUGUUUUGGCCCAAAAGUUGGUUCAAAUUCAAGCCACUAGCAUAGCUAGAAAUUUGCCGGAUAUUGUUAAGAAGAUUAAUGACAAGCUGAGUUCCUGCCUUUCAGAGCUCGACAAAAUGCCAAAGAAAUUGUCAUCUGUUGCUGAUGCCAUGAUAGUUUUCAUUAACAUCAUUGGAGUGUCCAAAGAAUCGCUUAGGAAAAUUCUUAUUAGAGGAGAAUUUGACGAGUACCAAAAUGAAAAGCACAUGCAUUGCACGGCUAGGCUUGUAGAAAUGCUCAAUCAGUAUGCUGAUGAACUUCAUAAGGCCAAUGAAAGUGAUCCCAAAAGUAACUUCUUAACGGAGGAGAUUAAGGUUUUGGAAGAAGCGAAAGGUAUUAGUCUUCCCAAUUUUCUUCCCCACAAUGUCUUUCUUUCUAUUUUGCAGCGAAAAGUGAGGGGAAUUUCAAGUAUACCAAUUAGGUUUGUUGAGCAGGUGUGGAGUUAUAUUGGGGAUGUGGUGAUUUCUGUGUUAAUGCAUGACACACAAGGCUAUUAUCAUCUUCAUAUGGCUACCAGAAGAGCUGGCCAUAAUCUUAUAUCCAAGAUGAAAGAAAGGUCAAUCAACUGGAUCUUGGAGAUUGUGGACAUGGAGAAACAUACAGAUUACACAUGUAAUCCUGAAUAUGUAUCUGAAUGGAAUAGGCUCAUGACCAAACAGAAUGCAUUCAUAGAUGGAAUCUUGAAGGAUGAGCAACGGCCCUCUAAGAUGGACGUAGAGGGUAUUGGGGAGAUUGAAUUUGAAGGUCUAAGGAAGUACACUCAUGUUGAUCUAUCUCAAGCUUUUGACUUGAAAAUGCGGAUGACUGCGUAUUGGAAGGUUGUUCUGAGAAGGCUGGUUGAUUGCAUGGCCUUGCAUUUGCAGCUGACUGUUGCAAACCUUGUGAACAAAGAAAUGGAGAUGGAGAUUGGUUGUGAGCUAAUGGGAGAAAAUCACGGCGUUGGGAUUGAGAGGAUGCUGGAGGAAGCUCCAUCAGUUGCAGUCAAGCGCGAGAAGCUCAACAAGAGCAUCAAAAAGCUCAAGGAUUCUAAGGAGGUGGUUGGUAAGAUCAUGGAUACUUAUGCUGGUUAA